UUUUGAUUGGCUUGUGCUCAGUUCAUAGCCAAUGAAAAUAUUUCUUACGUUCCUGAAAGUGAAAGUAAAAAAAGCUGCGGGUAAUCCAAAACGAAGAAACAAGAUGACUUGAAAAUAGGAAUUUUUUUAGACUUCAUCAAAUGAGGAUAUUCCAACAGUUUACUGAACAAUGCCAAGAAGGAGGAAAAAAUCAUCCCACCAGAAACCACCACUGAUAUUCACAGAAAGUCCUGUAAAUAGACAGAGAAAUGUGCCAACUCCAGUGUACUGUGCUCAGCACCCAAUAUCAGUACCUCGUCAAAGUGUUCAGGAUAUGUCAUGGGUAUCUCCUCAAUUUAAUGGUGUACCUGGAACCACACGGGGACAACGCCGGGCCAGGAGAAGGAGAGUAUCACAUCCCUCUUUAAUCUCUGACAAACCUCCCUGUACAUGUCAUGGAAGAAGCAACUCGAAGUCUCCCAGAUACACAAGACUGAAGAAAAAGUCCAAGUUUCCAUCUCUGGAGUUUGUAGGGGAGAGCACUCCACCAGUGACAGUCAUACAAAAUGUCAGCUUUACUGACAGUGAAGAUGAUAAUGAGUCUAUCAAAGAAAAUUCACCUGAUAAAAUACCAGUGAAGUCAAAUUCCAGAAGGAAAAGCAGUGAAACACACAGAAACUCAAAUUCUGUCUUACAAAAUAGUUCAACUAAUGAACUGAUGGUGAAUCCAGGAGUGAUAAAAACCCCUGAACUUGUUGAAGCAAAUCCUGAACUAUUUGAGUCAGGUUCACUUACACCAAAGAAAAGGUUGUUUAAUUCAUCACAAUUAUCCCAAAGUUUAAAUUUACCAGUUAUUAAUUUGCGGCGCAAAAUGAGGAGGGGUAGACUAAAACAGCAACUAAUAGAGAACUUAACAGAGAAGUCUUUCAUUUGUACCCCAGAGAAAGAACUACAUGCUGUAGAAAUCUUAGUGACCGAUACUCCCGAGGCAGAAUAUGGCCUAAAUACCAGAGUUCGUAGAUUUAAAAGGAGAAACAUUAAUAAGUCUGUCACUGAAAAUAUUUGUUGAUUGUUGAUAUCAUUUGCAAAUUUGUACGGGUAUUUAGAAUGUCAUUUUAUCAGAUAUAACUGUAAUUGAAGCAUUCAAGAAGUAUGAAAAUGUAAUGAUCCUUACAAAAACUGUAAGAGUUAUUUAUUAUUACAAAUAGUCAGUUUAUCACAUGAUUUAUUCAAUUAUUUGAUUGCAUCCUAUUUAAUAUCUUUAUUUUUACAAACAAAUGAAUGGUGCUAUCAUGAUAAUACGGGUGCCCCAGAAUAUCUGAUACCAUUUGAAAUUCCUAUAAAUUAAAUAUGUUUGGCCAAAACUUGUAAAUUGUGACUCAAAUGAAAAGUAAAAUAGCCUAAUUUUUCCAACAAAAAAAUUUAUGAGAAAACAUUAUCUUUCAUUGAAUUAUGAUGUCACAGAAUUGUGUCAUAUUUCUUUGGUUGAAUUGAAUUUUAUUCAAGAUUAAUUGGACAAGAAAGCGGGCAUCUUCCAUUUUAAAACUCUAUUUUCAAAAACUAAUUGAGGUUAUCUUUGAUGGAAAAGGAUGUAAUUUUGAUGCACUUUCUACUUGGUGAAUUUUUUAAAACAAUGCUCAAUUUGUCAAAAAACUAUGAAGUAUGAAUGUUUGUGAAGUUUUUUGAGUGAAAAUUUACAUCAUACACAGUUAUGUAAAUGCCUUUGAUUUUUUUCUCAAAUCAAUUUUAUCAUGUUAUUUAAAAAAUAAAUGGUAUCAGAUAUUCUGGGACACCCUGUAUCUUUAAAUUUGCAUGCAUGUACAUUGUAUAUUUAUUGUAAUGUAUAAAUUAAUGGAGCUGUUAAAAACUGCGGUACAAUGUAAAGGGGGUUUCAAAAUUGGACUUCCAAUGUCUGUUAUUUGCCUUUGUGGCAUUGAUUAAAUCUAUGUAAUUUGUUGACAUAUACUGUUGAUAAUUACAAGUAUUGUGGUGUUGGAAAGAUUUUAUGUAAACUUUAUAUACAUGUAUGCCAAAAAAUAUUUUUCUAGAAAUUUAAAUGCUGGUUUGUUAUUGUUUGAAUAAAUAAAUUGACUAAAAUCUUGGAA